GUCUUGAUGACCAGUGCCGUGUCUUAAUCUCUCUAUAAAAGGAGGACUGACGUUUUAUUGACUCUUACACGCAUUUCUCAGUGGUUCUAUCGCCUUCUGAAUACUAUCUAUAGAUCAUCUUCAUCAGCACUAACAAGUAACAACUACGAUGAUGGAUCGUAUUAUUUCUUCUUUGAUUGAUUUUAGAGCUUUUGCUAAUUCUUUUUUAUCAAAUUAUGAGCCUCUAGCUUUGCUUCUUGCUCCUCUUCUCACUCUUUUUACUGCCGGAAUUCUUCAAUCAUUUUUUCUUCUUGUUCACGAUAAUGGUCUCAAACCCACCAUUUUAGGGUUUCUAAUCACCUCCAUCAAGAUGGUGCCUGGUGUCAAGGGUUAUAUAGAAGCAGAGAAACAGAAGGUCGUGGAGAAGUUGCAGUCUGGAAGUAAAUCUAAAAGGGAUGGCUGGAGAUCGGAGCUACCAAGGGAAGGUUUAGGAGGAGCAGUGAUAGAGAAAUUGAAACAGGAGAAAAGUAAUGAUGUGGUUUGGCAAGGAAAAUGUUCUGGUACAGUCUACAUUGGAGGGAGUGAAUCUGAAGGACAUUUUUCUCUGAUAAAUGAGGCAUGCUCAAUGUUUGCACAUACUAAUCCACUGCAUAUGGACGUGUUCCAAACCAUAGCACAAUGUGAGGCAGAAGUGGUAGCUAUGACGGCAGCACUACUUGGCAGAAAAAACAAAUCUUCUGGAGGAGAAAUAUGCGGUAACAUGACUUCAGGAGGAACUGAAAGUAUAUUAUUGGCCGUGAAAUCAUCCCGUGACUAUAUGAAAGCUAAGAAGGGAAUCAAAAGACCAGAAAUGAUCAUACCUGAAUCUGCACACUCAGCAUAUGACAAGGCAGCACAAUAUUUCAACAUCAAGCUGCGGCGUGUUGCAGUAAAUAAAAAUUUUCAAGCUGAUGUCAAAGCAAUAAGACAGCAGAUUAACAAGAACACUGUUUUGAUUGUUGGAUCUGCACCUGGGUUUCCUCAUGGCAUCAUUGAUCCUAUUGAGGAGCUUGGUGAAUUGGCAUAUAGCUAUGGAAUAUGUUUCCAUGUUGACCUUUGUCUUGGUGGCUUUGUAUUGCCUUUCGCUCGUAAGCUAGGGUACCCGAUUCCACCUUUUGAUUUUUCUGUUAAAGGAGUCACCUCAAUAUCAGCGGAUGUGCAUAAAUAUGGACUUGCACCAAAAGGAACAAGUGUAGUUCUAUACAGAAAUCAUGAUAUUAGAAAGCAUCAAUUUGUUGCUGUGACUGAGUGGUCAGGUGGGCUCUAUGUCUCUCCUACUAUUGCUGGAAGCAGGCCUGGAGGUUUGAUUGCUGGGGCUUGGGCAGCGUUGAUGGCUCUGGGGCUAGAAGGGUACCUGGAAAACACUAAAGCAAUAAUGGAAGUAUCAAAGAGAGUACAAAAAGGGAUUAAAGAAAUACCAGAGUUAUUUAUCAUUGGAAGGCCAGACAUGACAAUUGUGGCAUUUGGAUCUAAUGAUCUAGACAUAUUUGAAGUCAAUGAUAUCAUGUCAUCCAAAGGCUGGCAUUUGAAUGCAUUGCAAAGACCCAACAGCAUUCAUAUCUGCAUUACCCUUCAACAUGCACCCGUUGUUGAGGACUUCCUCCGGGAUUUGAAGGAAUCUGUACAAACUGUGAAAGAGAAUCCUGGUCCAAUAAAUGGAGGCCUAGCUCCAAUAUAUGGUGCUGCUGGGAAGAUACCAGAUAGAGGCAUGGUUCAGGAAUUGCUGGUGAACUACAUGGACAGUACAUGCUAAUGACAUUUCCAUGCUAUGGUUUUGUGUCUGUUCUUUUUUCCUUUCAUUGUUUUUUGCACCAUUGAUUUGUAUUAGAACGUGUUGGUGAAGGGAUGCAAACUGAAACAGCACAAGAAAUAGAGCAAUCACAUGUAACACAAAAUUAUGCCUAAUAUGGUUACCAUACAAUAAUUUCAAUUCAGAAUUUCAUCACUCA